GGACAUCCUUACGUCGCAUCUGCCCAACUUCGGCAGCUUCGGUGGCGCUGCUGCCAAUGGCAUGAAUGCUACCAUGGCUGCUGCCGCGCCCGUUGCUCCUCUCUGGGGUGCUGACCUCUAUCAGGGCACGGACGUCGCUGCGCUCAACUUCCUCGAGAAGGCUUGGAUGAACUGGUACAUCUGGAUUGGCAACCCCGUCAUUGCAACUGGCUUGAUGAGCUUCUUGAUGCACGAGAUCGUCUACUUCGGACGAGCCAUUCCUUGGAUCAUCAUCGACUCAAUGCCUUCCAUGCGCAAGUACAAGAUCCAAGAAGACCGUGUUCCCACUCCUGAGCAGCAGUGGAAGUGCACGCGUUACGUGCUCCUCACCCACUUCACCGUCGAGCUCCCUCAGAUCUGGUCCUUCCACCCACUUUGCGAGUAUCUUGGACUCGCGACACACGAGGUGCCCUUCCCCUCGUGGACCAAAAUCCUCAUUCAAAUCGGUUGCUUCUUCGUCUUCGAGGACAUGUUCCACUACUGGGCGCAUCGCGCUCUGCACUGGGGCCCCCUCUACAAGCACAUCCACAAGAAGCAUCACGAGUUCUCAGCCCCCUUCGGUCUGGCUGCAGAGUACGCCCACCCGCUCGAGGUCCUCAUUCUCGGCAUGGGAACCGUAGGCGGUCCUUUCCUUUACUGCGCAAUCACCAAGGACCUGCACAUCCUCACCGUCUACAUCUGGGUCACGCUCCGUCUCUUCCAGGCAAUUGACGCUCACUCGGGCUACGACUUCCCCAUCUCGAUGCACAACUGGAUUCCUUUCUGGGCUGGAGCGGAUCACCACGACCACCACCACAUGGCAUUCGUGGGCUGCUACUCGACGAGCUUCAGGUGGUGGGACCACUUCAUGGGCACCGACGCCUCGUACAAGCGCUACAGGGCUAGGCAGGCAGAGGAGAAGAGGAAGGCCAAGGAGGAGGGCCUCGAGUGGCCUACGAAGCCUGCGAGCAAGACGGCUACGGGUGCGCCACUGAGCAAGUCCGCUGUGCACAAGAAGGUGCAGUAGGCGGGCGCUCAAUCAACCAUUAUGGCACUCCAUUGGCUCGGUGGCUCUCUCACAGGAACUUUUCGAGUCUUCUCACUCCACGCCACACCGCUACCCCUUCUCUCUUUUCACCUAAACGUAGAUACCAACUCACCGCUCCCCACCUCAUCUUACAAGGCAGCCUGCUCUACCGAAGCUCUUGCCCCUCACCGGACGUGCAUCUAGAGUCUGUGCUGCCUCUUUUGUCAAAUUCUCUCUUUACACUCUAUACAAAUACAAAGCAUCUUGCACGCGCUCAUGCCAGCA